AUGGCGGAAACUGCUCCUGCUCAACCACCAGCUGCGGCUACUUCAGCGCCUAAAAGCCCCAAGAAGAAGCGCGCCGCUCCAAAGGCCAAGAAGGCUCUGGCCAGCAGCAAGGAGAGGAACGGCGUGUCUCUUCCUGCGCUCAAAAAGUCGCUUGCUGCCGGAGGAUACGACGUGGAGAAGAACAAUGCCCGCGUGAAGUUGGCCAUCAAGAAGCUCGUGGCCAAAGACGCCGUGGCGCAAGUGAAGGGCAGCGGCGCGUCUGGCUCUUUCAAACUCAACAAGGAAAAGGCUGCCGCAAAGGCGAAGCCCAAGUCGUCAACGGCAAAGCCCGCAGCUAAAAAGCCCGCGGCAGCCAAGAAGGUGAAGAAGCCCGCGGCAGCCAAGAAGACCGCGCCCAAGAAGUCUCCCAAGAAAGCAAAGAAGCCCGCGGCUGCCAAGGCGGCCAAGAGCCCCAAAAAGGUGAAGUCGGCUGUUAAGCCCAAGAAGGCGGCGAAGAGCCCAGCCAAGCCCAAGGCUGCGAAGCCCAAGGUCGCUAAGCCCAAGACCGUCAAGGCCAAGGCCGCCAAACCCAAGGUGGCCAAGCCCAAGAAGGCCGCGGCCAAGCCCAAGAAGACUGCGCCAAAGAAGUGA